AAUAGGAAAUUGAAAUUGUCGCGAGUGCAUUGUAUUGAAUAUUUUUCAAGAAUAGUUACGAAAAUAAUUAGAUAAUAAUAAUUAAGUUUUAAAAGUGUUUUGAAUAUUUGUUUCCAGUUUAAAAUCAAUUUGCAGAAACAUAAAUUAAUAUACAUAUAUCUGAAACUUCUUGUGCUUGAAAUAAAAUAGGAGUACCCACACAGAUUAAUAGUGAGGAGAAAUUUCAAGUCAAUGAGUGUACACCUUAAAAUAUGUAGAAAAGAUUUCCAUAUAAUUCUGAAAUAUGUUACCAGUAACUUAAAAAAAACAGUGAACAGCUUAAACAAAGUUUUAUAGUUGGUGUUCUGUAAAAAUACUUGUAUUAUCUAUGCAAAAAUAGAAAAUAUUAAGAAAAUAUCGUAAUAAACAUAGGGCGGUUAACACCAAAGUUAAAAGAUUUUGCACCAAACACGUCCUACAAACAACUAUAUUUUGCAUAAAGUUACUGGUUUCUAUAUACAUUGCGAAAAUAAAAUGCAGAACAAUAGCAAUUCUAGCCGUCAAGGUAAAGAAAAACGUUUCUCUAUACACGACGCAUUCGAAGAGGAGACAGACGAAGCAAUACGGGUUUAUGGCUCAACAGUGAUAUCUACGCCUAUGCGUGCAAAACAACGUUCAACAGACGAUGUAUCCAUCCGUAUUCAGGAUCCAAAAAACUACACCAAAUAUGCUGAGGACACCACAUCGCGUGAUAGUGACUCGCUUAUCCAAGAGUAUGGCAAUAUACCCACAGAGGAGACGAACACAUACUGUUGGCGGCAUCCAAAGGUACGCGAAAAUUGGCGAACUGUAUUAGCCGCAGUCACGUUGUUAAUAGUCGGCACUGGUCUCUUUGUAUUCGGCACAUUCGCAGUCGCAGAUCCAGCGAACACCUCACAGGGUGUGGUGUUCUUCGUUGCUGGCCUAAUCUGCUUCAUACCAGGCGCCUAUCACGUCGUCUACAUUUGGCUGGCAGCUAAAGGAUACAGAGGGUUCGACUUUUAUCAUCUCCCCUUAUUUACAUAAAACAACGACGAUGACAUAGAUGGAUGGUGAGGCAACAUUGUCGUUGGCGGUGUUAUGGGCGAAGGCGUAAAUGCAGACAACAUCAAUGAUAAUAACGGUGGUGGCGGUGGUAUGGCUUAAUUUGUGCAUAUGUACUUUUGCAACAGUGUACGUUUUGCCCAAUUUCCAAACAAUGGCCUGUUGCUUAAGGGGUAGAUUGUUGUUGUCUUUGAGGAGAGUUGUUGCUUAAAACUCGAAACAAUUAAACAUUAAUUAAUGUCCAUCUGAAGCGAAAAAACUCAUAGAGAAGACAGAUAACAUAGAAUAUUAACUACCGCGGUUAACAAGCAGCUAAUUAUGAUAUUUGCUUUCACUCUCGGCCGCAUUGCCUAAUUAUUGAUUUCCAUUCGAACGCACGCCAUCUUGUUCUUGUAGAGUUUGGCAAAAUUUACACGCGAACCUGGUAGACACACUAUACAUACAAUCUCAAUCACGCUGCGAUUAUUCGACUUUAUGAACCCGUGUAUUCAACUCAUCUUAGUAUUUAGUCAAACAUUGAAAUGCUACUGAUAUUGCAUAGUGGGUAUAUGAUAGUAUAAAGUAAAGUAAAUAAUAUUAAAUGGAAAUUAAGUUUUGUUUCGCGUUAAUAUCAAUAAUUUUCCUUAAUACUGAUACAUAUUUAUUUAUGGUGUGCUAUAUACAUACAUAUGUAUAACAUAUGCUCUGAAUGCAAAAAAAAAACUUUCUUACGAUUUCUUAAUGUAAGCGAAUUGGAUGGGGUAAAUAAUUAAGUUAAAAGUGUAAAAGGAAAAUAUGAGGGAAAUUUUUUAAACAUAUACUAAAUUAAAUAUGUAAAUGUAUAUGAAUUCUAACAAUGUGUGAGCAUGUUUACCACGACCCAGUGUCCAAAAGAAGAUUUCAUUAUUAAGUGAUGGAAUUGUUAGAUAUAUUUAACGAUAACUUUUUUAAGUUUUCAGGUAGAGUUUUUAAAAUGUAUUCUGAAAUCAAUACUUGAUAAAAUCCUAGGGCAAAUUGUGAAAGAAAAACUUCAUGGCAAUCAAAAAUAUUAAUUUAAAA